GAGUAUUGUUGAGGAAUAUGAAUAUAUAGAUAGAUGAUUAGAUAGACGAUAUGAUUUGUUUUUGUUCUGAUUUAGAAAAGACAUCGACUGGCUGCAAUGAGCGUGUGGGUGUAAACAGAAACACAGGGUGAGUACGUCACGGUGUGACAUUAAACACGGAAGAAAAAACGGAUUAACAUCAUUAACUUGUGCGGCUUUUACAUUAAACAUCAUACAAACGCAGGGCUCACCUCUGAACUGAAUAGACUGGACGCACUCGUCUGAUCACCUCAAGGAUUGUUUUAAAGAUGCUUGUAAUGUGUUCUUUUUUUUUUUUUUUAACAAUCUUUUGUAUGACACUUAAAUGUGAAUUUCUUGUCUUCAUGUUUGAGCCUCCUGUAGAAUAGUUUUUAUUAUCUAAGUGCUAGAUUUAAUGACUGGAUUUAUUCAUUUAUUAUUUUUGUUGAGUUCUUUUGCAUUUCAAGAGUUAAGACUGAUUGCAGCAAGAGGAAACAUGGCGUGCUGUAUGUUAAACAAUGAGAAUUCUUUGUCUUUCUUUCUUUUCUUUUUUUUUACAAGUAAAAAUGUAAAAAAUAAAAUCUGUAAAGUUUUGUAAUAUAUUCAGCCAGGUGAAUGUAGUGCUUCCAGGUUUAUUAUAAUAUCAAUGUCAUUAUAAUAUACUGUGUUUGAUGUUGGGCAACUUAAAUUAAACACUAAUCAUGAAAUCAUGUAGUCAUGUAGUUUGAGGCCACAGCUUAGUGACGUAAAGCAGAGGGUUUAUUUCACAGGCUUCUCUCCGAUAAAUAAAAAGUACAGCAAUAAUAAUAAUAAUAAUAAUAAUAAUAAUAAUAAUAAUAAAAACAAUGUCCCUUAAAAAUAAAUAAAUAAAUAAGAGAAGCUACCGUUGAUUCUGAGAUCCUUCACUAAGAGCUGAUUCUAAGAAUGCUGGAAUUCCGUGAUGCUGGAAUUCUAGAAGUUCCGGUCUUUAUAAAACAGCUCUGUGUGAACGCUCAUCAUCAUCCCGGCCUUUUAGAAGAAAAUUACAGGUCGGAUAGGAGUUCUGAGAGAGAGAUGAGUGCAGCCAUGACACUGUGCGGUGUGCUGAACAAAAUGCGGUUGAAGGAGGAGCUAUGUGACGUGGUCCUCAGAGUGGACGAGGUGGAAUUCAAGGUCCAUAAGAUCAUCCUCUGUGCGCGCAGCCCGUGUUUCCGAGCCCUGUUCACGAAAGGGAGCAGCUCGGAGCAGAAGGUGUACACCAUGACGAAUGUAUCUCCCGACAUCAUGGAGCUUAUAAUCCACUACAUCUACACCAAGGAGAUUCGAGUCACCACUGAUAACGUGCAGGCUCUGUUGGUCAUGGCCGAUUACCUGUUCAUGCGAGACCUUGUUCGUGACUGUUGCGACUUCCAGAAAGCACAUCUCAGCCCAGAAAACUGCUUAGGGAUUUGGCAGUACGCCGACGUUCACUCAUACAACGUGCUGCAGGAUCAUUCCUACAGCUACUUGUUGCAUGUCACGGCCUGGACAUGAAUAUCGUCUGCGGUGCGUUGAGCUGCUGUGUGAUGUCCGGGCUUCCUGACGUACACCGUCGCGUACGAUGACCUUCUCUAGACGUGGAGCUUUUAAAAACGCUAUUAAACUACAUCCCAUUGACAGAA